AUUCUGCUGUCACCCUCUGUUGGAUUGGUAAUGAGAAGCCUUGGAAACCAUUUGUACGAAAUAGGGUCAGUCAAAUAAGGCAAAUAACAACCAAGGAGAGUUGGUUUUUUUGCCCGGGAAAUUUAAACCCUGCAGACAUUCCAUCAAGAGGUAAAUACAUGCAAAAUUUGGGCGCUGAUUCUCUUUGGUUGGAGAACACCAUGGCCAUGAAUGAGAAAACAUGUAGUCCGCCAGUAAUAACGCAUACAGUUUUCAAUAGAGAUUUUACGAAACAAGACGUGACAGAUCGAGACGAGCUGAAAAGGUCUGGAAUCUAGUCAUCCCGAUGUGUUGACCUUUUUCCUGUUAUGAUUCACAACGUGCCUGUCACAACGCAUUGGAAUUUGGCGCCAAAUUCAGUUUACUCGAAGCUGCAGAAUGGCGAACAAUUUAUUCAUCAUGCUCGAGGAAAAUAUGGAAGAUGUAGAGGACUACCUUCUAUUACAUCAUGGUCACCCAAACAACGUUAAUCUUCAUUUAGAGCUUCCAUAUUUUAAAUAUGAGCGUUUUAGCUUGGAAGAUUUGGCCGAAGAGGAGUGCUCUGUUGAAAUGCACUUUAAAAAACAGGACAUUUACAACCUUCUGCAAGCCCUUCAUCUGCCAGAGGUUUAUUGCUGCUACAAUGGUG